AAGUCUUCGCCUGGAGCAAAUUUGCAUUCUGAUCAAGAAAUGUCUUCGAAUGUGGGAGGCGCUGGCAAACAUCCUAGUUUAUGAGCUGCCCGUCAGCUGAAUGUGAAGCAGCGCAUCGUUGCUAUAGAAGGGGCAGGCGCGCAGAGAGGAGAAAAAGAAAGAGCGGAGAAGCGGCAUGUAAACGCACUGGAAGCCAUUCAGAGACGGAGAGAGAAACAAAGGGAAGAAAACAGAUUGUUGGUGGAAAUGUGUUCCGUCUGGUGACACUUGCAGGGGCUGCUCCAGUGGAUAAGGAAGUCAGGGGAAACUUUGGUUCUGUACUGGAUUUUAUUGUUUUCUGGUCCUUCUGUCAGGCUGAGGAGCGUUUUGUGGAGCCAAGAUGAACCAAACUGCAUCGGUGGCGCAUCAGAUAGACUCUCAGCCCCUAAGAGACAGCAAGGAGUUUGUGGACGUCAGCCCCCCCCAGAGGAACUGGAAGGGCAUCGCCAUCUCUCUCCUGGUUAUAGUGGUGGUCUGCUCGCUCAUCACCUUGUCUGUAGUCGUCCUCACACCCACUGAGCCUCCAGAAAGCAGCAAGUCCAAGCUGACCGUGGCGGAUCUGUUCAAACCGGAGUUCCAGAUUCACGACCCAGAAGCCAGGUGGAUCAGUGAUUCAGAGGUGGUGUACAGAAACAGAGACGGUGAUGUCAUCAGGUUCAACUUUGCCCUGAACGAGACAGAGGUCAUCUUGAAGAACACCACGUUUGUGUCUUUCAAGGUGGCAAAAUAUUCACUCUCUCCAGAUCUGAAGUAUGCACUCUUCGCAUACGAUGUCAAACAGGUGUACAGACACUCGUACACGGCAUCGUACAUUGUGUACAACAUCAACACGAGGGAGGUAUGGGAGCUGAACCCACCUGAGGUUCAAAACUCUGUUCUCCAGCAUGCAGCCUGGGGAAGGCAGGGACGGCAGCUGAUCUACAUAUUUGAGAACAACAUCUACUAUCAGUCGGAUGUGAAGAGCAGCUCUCUGAGAAUCACCUCCUCUGGGAUGGAGGGCGCCAUCUUCAACGGGAUAGCUGACUGGCUGUAUGAAGAGGAGAUACUCCACUCACACCUGGCUCACUGGUGGUCGCCUGACGGAGAGCGGCUGGCCUUCCUGAGGAUCGACAACACCCUGGUGCCUAACAUGGCUCUGCCACAGUUCACUGGCAGCACUUACCCCCGAGGAAUCCAGUACCCCUAUCCAAUGGCCGGUCAGAGGAACCCAACUGUCAAGCUGUUUGUUGUCAACCUGUUUGGCAUUACGAACACUCAGGAGCUCCAUCCCCCAGAUCAGCUCAGACUCAGAGAGUUCUACAUUACCAUGGUGAAGUGGAUAAACCACACACGCCUUGCUGUGCGGUGGGUCAACCGUCCCCAGAACGCCUCCCUUCUGACGGUCUGUGAAGCAACAACUGGAGUCUGUCACCAGAGACAUGAAGAGUCCUCAGACACAUGGCUCACCAGGCAGAGUCAGGAGCCGCUGUUCUCAGAGGACCUGAGCAGGAUUUUCCUCAUAAUGCCUGUCAGACACGGAGGUCACAGAGACUUCCACCACGUCGCCAUGUUCUCUAAAAAGUCGAGAAGCGACCCGGUUGAAGUUCGCCACUUAACAUCUGGAAACUGGGAGGUGAUCAGAAUCGUAGCUUACGACGAAAGCAAAAACCUCAUAUACUUUCUGAGCUCUGAGAAGGCGCCACAACAGAGACAUUUAUACAGUUUGUCGACCAAUGGCUCAUUUUCAAAGGAAUGCCUCACCUGUGACAUGAAGAAAGACUGCUUGUUCUUCGACGCCGACAUCAGUCCAAACGCACAGAACGCCAUCCUGUACUGUCAAGGUCCUGGUAUUCCAGCUGUGCUGCUUCUCAGUUUCAGCAACAUGGACUCAUACUUCAUCCUGGAGAGCAACGUUCCCCUACGAUCUGCGCUGGACGCCAGAAGGACGUCUAAGACGGAUUUCCUGAAUGUCACUCAGGACAAUUUUGAGCUGCCUCUGAAGCUCAUUUAUCCUCCUGACUUCUCAGACUCCUACCUCUACGGCCUUCUCCUCGUCAUAGGCAGCGCUCCAGGAGAACAGGCGGUGACAGAGAAAUUCGGGUUGAAUUGGGACUUGGUGCUUGCCGUAUCGGAGCAGAUCAUAGUGGCUCAGCUCGAUGGCAGAGGACCUGGGUUUGGUGGUCAAAGGUUGCCUGAGCAGGUUUACCACAGACCUAAGACGGUGGAUGUCGAGGACCAGAUAGCGGCUCUGGAAUUCCUGGUGAAGCUGCCAUAUGUUGAUCGGACUCGUAUUGGAGUUUAUGGACAGGGUUAUGGGGGUUACAUCACUCUGAUGAUGCUGGAUUCAGGAAGGUUGAUAAGAUGUGCAGCUGCUCAGGCUCCCAUCAUUGACUGGACCAUGUAUGCCUCAGCCUUCUCAGAGAGAUACUUCGGCUUGCCUUCAACAGAGGACAGCAGAUACCAUGCAUCCAAAGUGCUGCCCGGCAUGAAAGGUCUUGAGGGAGGAACUCUGUUUCUGGCCCACGGCACUGCUGACGCGAACGUUCACUUCCAACACUCGGCCGAGCUCAUUAAACAUUUAAUAAAGAUCGGAGCCAACUACACUAUGCAGAUCUACCCGGACGAAGGCCAUUUCCUGUCGACACGCAGCCGGAUUCAGCUGACUCACUCUCUAAUUGGAUAUUUCAGGGGCUGCUUGCUUGACACGUCAUUGUUGCUCGAACAGCGGGACGACGAGUGAAAGGAGGACGGGGUUUAUUAACGUGUGCGGAAGACCAAAUGUGUCUGUUUUAAGCCAGUAGCGCCACGUUUGAUGGACAAAAUCAGUUUCUGUGUGAUAUAUCAGACAUAUCCAAUAUGCUCUCACAGUCCAGCAGCUGCACAUUCAGUGUUGUUAGCCAGACUGUUGUUAUCAACCCGACUGGGAAUUUUAAGGCCGAAGUUGCUCUAAUACAACAAAAACAUUGUGCCCUUCAAGAUAAUUCAUCAAUUUAGUAAGAUUUUUCUGAUUUAUUUAGCUUAAAAAUCCAAUACCAAAGUAUUUUUUACAGUAGAAUAAACAGAAAUAAGUGUCUUCAGGUCCUUUUUCAAAGGAGAGGAACCGAAAGACUAAAAUUGGAAUGAAAUGUUAAUCGACUAAUCUUCUGAAAGUACAAGAAUCAGGCCUUUUUCUCUUGAGGUCACUUCCUUAAGUUUCCUCACGGGGGCGCUGUACACAUGAUUGAAGACAACUUCAGAAGCAGAAGAAGAGUAAGAUGACCAAAACUUUGAAAAAACAAAGAAAAAACAGAAAUCUCUGUAAACUUUUGGAUUGCCUUGACACUUUUUAUUAGCAAUUUGGAUUUUUUUUUAUUUUUAAACAUAGAUGAUAUAUACAAGUUUAGGAUUGUUUUGCGUUUAUUUAUGGUCACAGAGUAGCUAUGCUGAGAUAGUAUUUGUACGGUGGAGCAUCAUUGGGUGUUGUAUUUUAGCGUCAAGUUCACUCAAAAUUUGCUGAAUUUAAAUACAUGAAACUGGCUGUAUUAUAUGAUUUUUAAAAACA